AUAAAAGCAUCCUCCGCAUUCCGAGUCUGACAGCUUUCGUUUUUGCCCCCGAACGCAGACCACACUUCUACCUUCGUCUACCUCAUCUCAGUCUUCAAGGAUCCAGAAACAAUCUUGAACAUCAAGAGCGACAAUGUCAGGUGAAGAAGGUGCGGUGGCCGUUGAAGCAGCAGCAGCCCCAGCUCUCGGGGAGCCAAUGGACAUAACGACGGCGUUGCAGCUGGUGCUGAGGAAGUCGCUGGCGCACGGAGGGCUCAUUCGAGGCCUCCACGAGUCCGCCAAGGUCAUCGAAAAGCACGCCGCGCAGCUCUGCGUUUUGGCUGAGGAUUGCGACCAGCCUGACUACGUUAAGCUUGUCAAAGCCCUCUGCGCCGACCACAAUGUCAACAUGCUGACCGUCCCCAGCGCCAAGACUCUUGGAGAGUGGGCUGGUUUGUGCAAGAUUGAUUCUGAGGGAAAGGCCAGGAAGGUAGUUGGAUGCGCCUGUGUUGUUGUCAAGGAUUUUGGGGAGGAUCAUGAAGCCCUUCAUGUUGUUCAGCAGCAUGUCAAGGCCCAAUGAGCUUAGUUGUUGGAGGCUAUCAGGAUUUGAGGGGUUAUAGUUUUGCAGUCUUGUUGAUCAACCAUGUUUGUUCCAAUUAAUGGGUUUUAGAUCUAGGGAGUUCCUGAUUAUUUUCUGGUUAUGAUAUUACUGCCGUAGUUCUUAUUGUUGCUUUGCUAAAACUUGUUUCGCAUAUGCUACUGUGCUUUUACUUUCAUUUUUGACAACGUUUAUUUAUGAGUAAAAUGUCAUGGAGAUUAUUACAAAAUA